AUGGGUAAGCAGCCUGCAGCGAUCAUCAUCGUGAGAUUAGACCAAGCAGACACUUCAUGGAGAGCCACCGCAGAUUUCCCAUGGGACUCACCUUUGACUUAUGGUGGCUGGAUCCAGUGCCAGACACUUGGUGCGAGGAUAGACAAAGAGCUUCAGCUGAUCGCCAACCAGAUAUCUCCGGAUGAUCUAUCGUGGGAAGAAGACGGAGUGUCUGUGGAGCGUCCCAAGAAGAAGAGAAGGAUCAUCAUACAUACUUCUCCCUACAAACGAUGUAUUCAAACUUCGAUCGCCAUUGCGGCAGGUCUCAAAUAUCCUCAGCCCGAACAUGUACGCCCCGUAUUAAACCCUCACCAGACGGCCAACACUGCAACGAAUAAGCCUGAGUCUGUUCCUGCGACCUCAAAUGGCAACGGGGUUCACAGCAUGCCCGCAAACACAUUCCAAGGAAAUAUAGAGAAGGACAAGAUUGCCCUCAAGGUCGACCCCUGGCUGAGUGAAUGGUUGUCGACAGGCUAUUUCGAAGAGGACGGUCCUCCUCCUCCAAGCGAGAAGAUUGUGGAAAGAGCAAAGGAGACACUGACCCGACCUAUAGAAGAGAUCAGAGGUGCAGAUUUGUCGGCUUUUCUACCUAUCCCCGAAACACCUGAUCCUGAUGACGCCGAUAAGGAGAACGAACUCAAGCAAACGCUGCAAGAGAAGGGAGGUCUGCGUGCCAUGGCUGCCGCUGGUCAUGCACUUCCUCAUCGGAACCGUACCAUAUCCUUCAAUUUCGAGAAAGGCAGUCUCAGAAGUCAGUUAGGUCAAAAGCUACGACAACGAGCCAGGACUUCAGUGGUGUACAGCCCACCUGUGCCGCAGUACGCAUUGGCACCACAAGACUCUAUCCCCGCAGGUUAUGUCGCCCAUGCUCGAGACGCCUGUGUGAGUUCUGAUUUGAAUUGGGAUAGCAUCGCCAUGGGCUGGGGUGAUGCUGGUACCUAUCCAGAAGAAUGGAGCGCUAUGCACGUGAGAUUUCGAGUGGGUCUUCAAAAAAUGCUUGUUUACUACCAGGACGACUAUCAGGCUCAUGGUGGAGAAGAGGACCAAGACAAUAUUGGAGACGACGUAAUCCUUGUACUUGUCACUCAUCAAGCUGGUGCAAAUGCACUUAUCAGACUGGUCACGGGAGCUCCUGCCUUGCACGAUUUCGGCGGCCUGUCCUACAUCGACUACCCUCACUGGCAGGAACUAGCCAUUCACCACUCGGCUACGAUCGAGAGUCAAGACGAAAUUCUCGUCGCGGGUCGCUCGACCUCGGCCUCGCCGACGACUUUGAAAUGCGCAUUAUUGCCUCAACAGACCACUUACGCUACGGAUCCAAUCCACUCGGCCUCAAUUCGCCACGUUUUCGACCGAGUCCUGCUGUUGCAGCUCGCAAAGGUACUGGCAGCGACAACCUCGAUGGUUUCUCUAUUGGAGAUCCACUGGCUUGGCGCUCGAAUACCUCUUCCAAUCCCUCACGAACUGUAUCUUCACGCGGACGAACCGGCGAUUCCACGAGACCAGCCAUAA